AUGCAGAUUCCCCUCGCCAUUCUCCCUCUCCUCAGUCUCGCUUCGGCAUUGAAAGGCCAUAACGAGCCUGUCGACACGCCGUCCUCGCUGCUCAGCCCUCUCCCUGCUGGCGCGGAGCCCAGCAUCAAAGUCCCGGCACCCGCUUCAGCCAAGAACCUCUUACCACGGGCACUAGAGCUGGCAACGAUCCUCCUCGAUAAGAAUCCCGAGCCGAGAGCUAACGAUGGUUAUGUCGCUCCUAGGAUGUUGACCGGGAAUAAAUCUCGCGCAGCUGUUCCCGCAGGCGUCGUAGAUAGCCAAGGGAAGAGCGAUGAGGAGGGGAAGGAGAAGGAGGAGAAGGAGGAGAAAGAUGAAAAGCCAUCAAAGAAGAAGCCGUCAGAGGAUGAGACUUCGGAUGAAAAGCCAUCAAAGGAGAAGCCUUCAGAAGAUGAGUCGUCGGAUGAAAAGCCAUCAAAGAAGAAGCCAUCAGAGGAAGAGCCGUCAGAGGAAAAGCCAUCAGAAGAAGAGCCAGCACAAGAUGAGCCAUCAGGGGGAGAGCCGACAUCAAAUAAACCCUCGGAAACCCCAUCCCCAAGACUAGUUCCCAUCUCUUCGGGACCUAGCCAGGGGGCCAGAAACGGAACGGAAUCCAGCGGCUCAUCCGAAUGCAAGACAGGAAGCAAAAAUUCUUCUCCCAAGACAGGGGGCGAAUCGGCGGAGACGGCGGAUGAAGCUACCGAAGGAGGUCUAUCCAGCAGCGGCUCUGCAACGAGUGGGACAGCAGAGAGCGGCGAGGCGGGUACAUGCGGUGGGGAGAAGUCUGGCCAGAAGCCGAAGGCUGGUAAGACUAAGGCUCCGAUGGGGAGUGGGUCCAAGGCGCGCAAGACGGGAGAUGUAGCGGCGGCAGCGCGCGCUACUACUGCGCCUGCGGUUGGAGGGGUGAUAGAUAAGAAAGACGUGGAUGACGAUGUGGAUGACGAUGUUGAUGACGAUGUUGAUGACGAUGUUGAUGACGAUGUUGAUGACGAUGUUGAUAACGAUAUUGAUGAUGUUAACGAUGUUGAUGAUGUUAACGAUGUCGACGAUGUUAACGAUGUCGACGAUGUUAACGAUAUUGACGAUAUCAACGAUGUUGAAGAUGUUAAAGAUGUUGAUGACCACGUUGACGAUGUCGACGAUGUUAACGAUAUCGACGAUCACAAUGACGAUGACGACGUCAACGACGUAGACGACGACAACGAUAACGAUGACGACGACGACGAUCAACUCUCCAAGCCAAAUUCCAUCCUCCAACCCGCAGUCCCUAAAGCAACAAACGCACCCAACCCAAACAACGGAGCCGCGCCAGCACCAGCACUAGCACCCGCCACCCCCGCGCCUAUAGCCAAAAAGCCUGCAGGCAAGAGAGGUGAGGCCAAAGAGGAAGAGCACGACGACGUCAACGACAUCAACGACGUCAACGACGUCAACGAAAUUGACGAGGACGACGAGGACGACGACAACGACGCCGACGACAAGGACGACAAUCCCAACCAAACUCCUUCCCCAACCAAAGCCCCCCUCCAAACCAAAGCCCCCAAAGCGAUCAACGCAAUCCAGACGAAACACGCAGCAGCAGCAUCGCUGGCGGCCUACAUCCCCAAGGAUGCGCCCACGAUCCCGUUCCCCAGCGGCUCGAUGCUGCCGCUGAUUCCUACGCCCAAGAAGAAGAGCAGCCCUAGAAUCACGGCCAUGAAGAGCGUGCCGACGACGCUACUGAAGCGGGUGCGGAAUCGGGCUGCUGCUGCCGUGUAA